CCAACAGUUGAAAGCAAGCGCCCAAUCGUGUCAGUACUAUCCGGCCAUCGCUCUGACGCACAAGAUGGGAUGGCCGGCGUUUUUGAACUUUAGAAAGAAUAUCCGAACACACGCAGCGUUCGUCGGUGUGAUAUUGAUUCUAUAUGCGAUAUUCUCUAUCCUUACUGGAGUGGCUUGGUGGUUGGAGGUAAAAGUGCAGACCGGAUCGGACAAAAUAGAUUAUGAAGUGAAAGCUGAAGCAUUCAGUCCUAAGAGCAAGAGGUCAAUUGAUGCGGGGUGGUCAUUCAAUGCAGUGGGCGAUGGUGGAUCCGGCACAACCAGGUUGCGGAGGUCAAUUCGAAAACUGUUUUCUUCGAAGAGUAAAAAGAAAAAGGUUAAUACAAUGUUCUCGGCAUUCGACAAUGCCGGAGCCAAAGAAGCCAUCAGCCACGAGAUCAACCUGGAUAUCAACCAGAAGUCCACUCAAUACAUCAACCAGAGGAUCAGCCAAGAUACCAUUCAGAAGGCCAUCCAGGAGAUCAACCAGGAGAUCAACCUGGAGAUCAUGUUCAUCAAAGCAGGCUUCCUCAUCAUGAGUAUUGUGAGUUCGUUCAUUACAAUUAUGUACUGGAUCGCGUAUCUCAAGCGUCAACAUUUGUUUCUCGUAAUAUUCAUCGGACUUAUGACCAUUGCUUUCGCGGGUCUAUCCAUCGGGCUGUUCGUCAUGAUACAGCAGCAGAAAUUCAUCUGGGCGUGCGCAAUGCUAUUCGGAUUCCUCGUGAACGGAUAUGUGCUGACGGUGGCGCUGCAACUACUUUCAUAUAUUGAAUCUACCCGGCGACAACACAGUUACGGUGCCAAGAUGUGUAUGCUUCCGGUGAAGUAAUUAGUUACAGAUUUGCAACGCUAUUCUUGAAUAUAUGAAACAUGUUCUCGCCAUUGGACUUUGAUGGAAUCAGAGAAGCCAUCAGCCAGGAGAUCAACCAGGAUAUCAACCAAGACAUCAACCAGAAGUCCACUCAAUACACCAACCAAUACCAAACCUAUUUUGAAAUUGGCAGUUUGUACCAACUGUACCCGCAACAAAGUCUGUAAAAUUCUGCAAUGAUUGUAAGGAUUGCGAUAUUUGCGCGGUUUGCUUUUUCGAAGCUGUUAUGAAUAUUAUCUAUUUUCUUAUAUCCACAAUAAUCAGAGUGGCUUACUAACUGCUUACUAACCAAUCACAUCACUAACCAAAUCAAAAUACCAAUUUCAAACCGAAACUAAAUCUAUUAUUGCUGUUCAAACAAAUAGAGAUGACAUGAUUAUUUACGCUAAAAUUGAUCCGAAACUGUACUUUAGAACGAGCCAUUAAUGAGAGUAAAGACAUAAAAGAUAAUAUUUGGUUGUACAUAGA